GGACGUUUAAAAAUGGUGGACAUUGCAGGUCUCCUCGAGUCUUCUCGUCUCCUUGAUAACUGGGAAUUAGAUUCAGUGAAAAAGGAGACAGAAGAAACAGUAGCAAGAUCACUAAUCAGCUAUCGCCACCUGAAAACGGAGCUACAAAGCCAGUGCUUUUCUCUGAGCGCACAAGAAGAGCGCCUUGACGAGGAGAGCGGCGGCGCGGAGCCAAUGACUGUGUGGGUGAUGGGUUCCUGGGGAGCAUUAGAGUCUGUGGACGGCAAGACUGAAGAUGCAGAGGAAUACUCGCGUAAAAAGCGUGAGCUAACAAAGGAGAUUGUCAUGUUGAAGAUUCAAGUGCUGUGUUUGAAGCAAGUGCAUGUGAGCUCCUGUAUAAAACAGUUACAGGUACUGGGUCACGUAAAUUUGUUCCGUUUGUGAGUUCACAUUUUUUCAAGCAGGGAAAACUUUCGUUAGAUCCUCUUUCAGUUUCUGAAAAUCAACCUGAUCAAGCGAAACGAGCGCAUGUCGCUGCUUUGUCGUGUGGAAAACUCAAUAGACUUUGCAAGACUUUGGAAAUUAUGGGGUUUUCGAAAUGAGAGGCGUAUGACCCGAAAAAUCUCUCCUGUACAUGAUCUCAAGUGUGUGUUACACCUUAUUUUACAAACAGUUAUUAGUUUUGAUAUUACUGUAGUUAUAGCCUAAGACUACUCACCCUUUCACUCAGGACUUGAUCACCACAGGUAGUAAAACACCAACUCCAGAAGGUCUGCAGUUCUGCAGAUUUGAGGAAUGGGUGCAAGGAAAUCAACAAAUUUACAAACUGCAAUCAAAAAUGCUUGAUUUGGAGGCUGCAAAGAUCAGGUAUUUUGUCUAUUUAGCAGUAAGUUAGCUUUUAUUUUAAAAAUGCUCAUAACCUCCAAGGUUAUAGUUUAGUUAACCCGUGAAAAGGCUAUGUUUAUCAGGGAGCAUGUCACUUUAACUGCAUUACUAGUAGUGCCUUGAGUCAGCUCUCAGUAAAACCAUAUGGCUGGAUAAAACAUUUCUUUGACCAUCAAACUCUUGCUUUGUUCAUGUUUAAUCCAUUUUUGAUUUCAGAAGUAUCCAUGCAUAACUUAUUUCUUACAACACCAUAUAUUAUCUACAUCAAGUAAGCAGCUUAAGAUUGUUGUCUUCAAUUUUGAUGUUAGUAAAUUUCCAUUGCCAACUCACAAGAGAAGGUGUUGCAAACAGAAAGUAGAGUUAUAAUCAGAUCUUAGGAAUUAUUCCCAAAUAGAAAUUCAUUUCAUGAUUGCUUCUGAAUUGCAGAUUGCACAAAGAGUUUUGCAUUCAAGAUGAUAAAGAAUUGUCACAGUCAUCAGUAUCAUCAAUAACAACAAGACAGUCCUUUACAUCACACCUGGAGAAAAAGCUUGGCUCCAAAGAACCAGAUGUAACCUCUGGUGACUUGAACCUUGAAGAAGUUGUAGUUUCACCAGGUUCUUUGGAAAUUGCCAGCAUUUUGGAUAGGAUUUUAGAUACCAACCAUAUAAACAGUACAUUUGAAGCAUGUAAGUUGAAAGCUUACAUUCGUGAAUGUUGGGAUGUACAAAAUAUCGAUGAUGAGUUCCCCACAGGAGUCCACCCAGACAGAUAUCAGGAAUUUGUGGGUGGUAUGGCACAGUACAUCAUAGAUAAACAGCUGACUCAUCAGAGAGAAAGCCUGUCAUAUGAUAUGGUCUAUGUAAGUAAUAUUGGUACAACUUAUUGCUAAGAAGUAUUUAUCUUAGUUUGAUGGGUAUAACUGCUUCAGAAAUAUCAAGAAGUUGAUCUGUAUGAGUUUUGGAUUGUCUUUUCCUCUCCCCCACAUCCCCCUGGGAGUCUCAACUUUUUAAGAUUGGUUUAUUCAAAUUUCUCCCCUCCCUGGGCCAAAUACCCCCUCCCCCCAGGAACAAAUGUUAUUAAAAUCAGUGAGAAAAAAAGGUAUGGUGUAUUAUUUUCUGGUGCCACCAUUGGGUUUUUGACUUGUAAGCAUUACUCUAUGAUGUGAAAAUCAUGAAAAACAAAGUCUUCACCCUUGAAUACUUCCACAUCAAACGAUAAAAUGUAUUCCACUGGAAAGCCUUGACACUUCCAGUUUACAUUUGAAUUGAUUGGUACAUAAUCAUAAUCACCUAGUGAUUAUAACAGGCUUGGAUGCAAAUCACCAUGGAUCAGAGCAAAUUUAAAGUUAUAUAUGAUUCAAAAUGUUCAAUAACAUAUACUUUAUUUGUUAUUGAAAAUAGAUAUUGUUUACAGUUGUUAGUAAGUGUCAAACCCAAAAUAGUCUGUGACAUUACCUCUGAAAGACUCCCUCCUCAAAGAUGGCAAUCAAAACACAAUGUUAAUCUUAAGAAAUGAUAUUCUUUAUAGUAACAAAGUAUAUGGUUCAAUUUAAAUAUUGAUAAAAUAAAUUAGGUAGUAAGCAUGUCUUCAUUGGUUAAUAGGUUUUUUUUCAAUGGUAGUAUGUAAACUAGGUUUUGACAUGAUAGAUUUAUAAGUGUUGGUGAGAAACAUUUUUAGAGCAGUGGAGAACUUUUUUAGAGUGUCUGAACAACUGAGAAGUGGGUUGGAUGAAUUUGUGACAGUUACGAAAACCCUGGACUGCUAAACUAUCUCAAAUUCUACCAACCUUUAAGUAAUUAGAUGAGGCUAUGUGAACACAGAAAAAGGUUGUCUAUAGCUUAAAUACAGUCGAACCUCGACUCAUCGGGACCUCGUUAAAUAGUCCGGAUAAUCGAGAGUCCGGAUAAUCGAAAAUAUGAAUAUUAAUGAGAUAGAAAUGUGAAAUAAUUAUCUGCUUAUCUUUAAUCAAUAGAAUGGCUAGCUUUCGCUUCGUAGGAAUGUUUUUUAUUUGAGUUUACGAUCGAUCGCUCGUGUGUUUACAUAGCCUACGCGGAAGGAACUAAUCAAACAUGAAAUUCCCUUGGCAACAAAACAAUUGAGCCAACCAUAUAUCAGCUGAACGCAUCAGAAUAUUUCUUUGUCUCGUCGCACUUUCGAAUUUUGAAAAGCGCAGAGGAUAAUACGCUGUUUCAACAGUCUUUUGAAAGGAUUAUUGGGCUUUUUGCGACUUUGAGUUUCAAGAACACAACUAAUUAAUAUUCAUAGAAAAAUUGGGACCAGAGAAGAAAGUCCGGAUAAUCGAAUAGUCCGGAUAAUCGGGGUCCGGAUAAUCGAGGUUGGACUGUACUGAUGGUUUCAAGUCUAUGCAAAUCACCCAAAACUAUUUUUUUAAAAUGAACUUUUACUGUUGCAGGCUAAACUAGAGCAGUACUUGCUUCCAUCCAUCUACAACCUCAUUCAAGCGCACAUCCGUAAGCCAGAAGAGGACAAAAGGAUAUCACAGAUUUACAAAAAUCUUGCACACAUCACACAGACCCAGUUCGGCAUCAACGCAGUAUAUCAAGACGACGGUAUAGCACCGUAUUAUGCAGCAGUGGCUUCCAUGAAAAGCAUGGCAUUGUCCAUCUUACCAUCACGCAAGAUACACGCGAUUGUCAGCGCGGCGCAUUGUGUGUUCAAAAAACUUAAUGAGUUGUCCAUGUUCGAACAUUCUAAACCUCCUGGUGCAGGUAAGUUUUUUUUCAUCCGUGUGUAACAAGGUAGUGAUCAGGAGCUCAGAAUACGGAGAGGCAUAAAAAUUCUGCGGUACAGUACCUCCAAGAAUUUAAUUACCUUCCUCUCGUGAGACGUGUAGCCUUUUCCAGGCUUUCAGUUAGUAAAACGGAGCGAAAUAAACAAACGUAGUAGCAAUGGUGCAAAAGAAUAGGAAGCAGGUUUGGUUCAGGUCGCGUACCUGACCCAGACCUCCCUCGUUUUUGCACUCAGUCGCAAGUUUCGCGCCAGUUUUAUUGCGCCUCGUUCUACUGACCGGACGCCUGAAACAAGCUACGAGACCUAAAUCUCGUCUCACGUUCAAAAGAGUCGACUGACUCUCGAGGAACAAGAUUAUCGUGUUGCGAAAAAAAAAUUCCCUGGAAUCAGACUGCUAAAGUUGAGCGUGAUUGGAUUGGAAAGAAGGUUUAAUUUUGUAAGAUUCACUGGGAAGAUCAUUCCGUCAACUAAUUCCCUCAUCAAAGCUUACACCCACGUUCCUCUUCGUUUGCUCAUUCGCUUAUCCCUUUUUUUUUACACUUUCGUCAGAUGAGUUCAUGGAUGUUUGGGUGUAUGUCGUUCUAAAAUCUAAAAUACCAAACCUCGCGUCGACGAUCGCGUACUUAAGGAGAUAUUCAAAUCCUAACUUGGCGUUCUCAGAAGCAGGGUAUUACUUGGCAAGUGUAGAGUUUGCCUGUCAGUAUUUGGUGCGGAUUAACGAACAGGAUUACAGGGACAAGAUGCAUCUGUUAACGGAAAGGAUAGUCGUGUGUGAGCAAGCUAGGUUUGGUAAGAUGGCCAGAGAAGAAGCAGCGGUGUUUGAAAUAGUUUCUCAGGAUAAAUGGCUCCAGGGAUUUGAGGUGUUUGCUGUGAAAGAGUGGCACCUGGAUCCAACUAGGUGAGAAACGUUUACUCUGGUUGAUUCCCAUUAUUUUUAUUUUUUUCAGUUUACCUCACUAUGAGUAUCUAAAAUAAUGCAACAGUGCAUAUGCUUCACCUCGCUCUGUGAUUGGUUAAAAAUGGGCGCCACUUUCUCAACCAAUGAGAUGCUAAACUUAAAGCAUUCUCGAUUUUGUCGCUGGCGUUUUCGCGGGCUUUAGGCUUUUUGCAUGUAUUUUCUAUUAAUUCUUCAUUGGCUCCGUUGAUCGUCGUUCUGGAUUGCUAUGGUCAAAUUGAUCCAAAAUCCCUAUAGCGUGUAUAGUGUCGUAAACCAUUAGCAAAAUAAUUACAACCGCUCUUUAAAAGAUGAAAAUCAUGGGAAGUUCAUGGGAAGUCGGAGUGAAGAAAAGCAACCGGUCUUUAUAAACGCGGGAAAACGCGGUUUUAGUUUUGCAUCUGAUUGGUUGAGGAGGUGGUUCGGUUUCUUAGACCAAUCAAAGAACGAGAAAAAGAGAACCAAAUACAAUCCCGGAUAAUGUUUCGCGUCGCAGUAUGGUUGUAACUUGGAUAACGGCUUGAAUCUUAAACUCCUCUUUAACAAGUUUUUAUUUUAUUUCCAAAAGGUUUUAUCGGACUGUUAUAGUGCCGUCCUCGGAUAAAAGCAAGAAUGUAAAAGUCUCUGUCGUCAAGGUGAGACCAGAAAACACUUCGUUUGCUCAAAUAGAAAUGCUGGAACAAGUAUUCAUGUGCUCAGCGAAUGAAAAUGGAUUGUUAUGCAUUCGCACGAACUAUGGUAUUGCCGUCACACUGAAUGUGGAUCAUGUUAGAGACCAGCUUACACUGAUUCCUAUACCUGAUGGGGAGUAUGAUUCUUUCGAGGACACUGUGACAAAUUUUGCGACGCUUGACAAGCUCGCUUGCGAUUACAAUCCUCCUCCCAGAAAUGCUCCCGCUGAGAUUGUGCUGAUGACAACUGUAUUUGAAACGAUACAGAGGAUGGAGGACAUUGUAUCAAACACUUACGGCAUUGCUAAUUCCCCACCUGGGGCCGUUCGGAAUCUGAUCGGUGCGCUUGUUACAGCUCUGCGCCAGCUCAGUUACUUGAGUUCAUUGUUUGAUACACCAGAGGUAUAUUCCGCGCUCAUUCAAUCAGCAGUUCAGAAGUUCCAAACAGACUAUAAUAGAAAAUGUCAAUCAAGCAUUUCCCGGUUGCCAUGCAACGGGUUGCUAUGUCCGAAUACCUGGGAAGCCCUUCAGAAUAGUCUUGGGAAGGCCCCAAAGAUGACAAUUGCAAAGUCUUAAAUUGCAUAUCGCGGUUUAUCUUGUCAAUGCUUCGUCACAUUAUUUUGAACGACUUGAAUUUUAUUUCUCCUAUGUGCAUCAGACUGGAUGUCUUUGCUUCUGCUUGUUUGAAAUUCUUUGUAAUGGGAAAAGGAAUGGCAAAGGAAAUGGGAAUGUUUAAAGUGGUAAUUUAUCAGAAUGCGGCAAUAGAUCACUGAUCAACAAAGAUUGAUAUUCUGAUCACAAAAAUUUACUUAAAGCACAAAAGUUUAUUAAUUAUAUUACAAUUAUUUGUCAAAAACAGUACAUUUGUAUGAGUUACACAGGUUGUAUUGGUGAUACUCAGAAAUAAAAUUGAGAUAUGUGUACAUAGCUAUCCUAGAUCUACGUUAAGAAUGGUUUUCAUACCGAG